UGCACCUCCAAGGCAACAACAACGGCACGAAGACUCUCAAAAAAGAGACGACUUUGUCCGACCUUUGAAGAAGUCAGACAGACCCCUUGCCAACGUCAGAGCAUCCCUAUCAAGAAGGUCGCCAUACGCCGAAUUCCAAGACGCUUCCUUGCCGUUGUUUCGCGUGCACACAUAGAGCCCAAGAUGGUCUCGAGGGAAGUCUUGUCCCUCGAGGAGCACAUCAGGAGCGCAUCACAGCAGGCUCAAUUGGGCAGCAGGGCAACUCGACCUGAGCGAGGAGCGAAUCUGAGCGAAGUGGAGGAAGAGAGCGCGAGUAGGGCAGUAUCGCCAGAGGUUGAACAAGAUGGAGGCCUGGGUAUCAGCACAGGCGAGUCUAGCGACGCUCUGCCGGAAGUCGCGAGCAACACUUUGGAUUCCAGCUUCACACCUUCUGGUAGCGCGGUCAAUUCUUUGCAUGGCAGCUCCGAGCAUGGCGGUUGGGUCACCAACAGCUUGAGCCCUGUCAACAAUAGGACAGCCAGCGGUGCGAGGGUGAGUCGAUCGAUGCUGCUGCUAGAGUCGCACAGUUGGGCGCUGACGGACGUGCUGAUUGACACGCGGUUCGUCUUGCUUGCAGAGGGCAUCGUCGGCGUAUAGCGUCCCUCGUUGGAACAACUCACCACACAGCGGACCACCUUCUACUGCCUGCUCACCUCGUAGCGAUGAGGACUUGCCCAAAUCCCUGCGCUGGUCCA